AUGGCGAAAAGUCAAGUAAUUAGUGAAAAAACAUCUAUUUUGCGAAAUAGCGAAAAUCAGGAAAAUGAAAAUUCGCCCUCUUCAUCCAAUCAAAAUGAAUUGCCUGAAACUAAGGAAUCGAAAACAUUGGAGAAAAUUUUCUUAGAUCUUCUUAAAAUGGAUAUGGACGAACGACAGAUUAUAAAACAUCUAAUGGGUCAUCUUCAUGUCGAAAUGGGCAAUAAUAAUGAAAGUGAGAGGGCCGAGCAAACCAUAAGCGCAACACAAAAUGAAGAUUUGGAUAAGACAUUGGUCAACAAGUCUAUGAGUAUGUCUGCGCACGAUAUGAAACCUGUCGAUGCAGAAAAUAAACAAUUGCAAUUGUCACUUAAGGCGAGCGAGGAUCAUUUUCAGCAGUUGAAAAAAAUUGCGGACAAAAUUGAACCGAAAAGCGCAAAUUCUCUUCAUAAUAAAGCCUUUUGCAAAACUGUGCAAUAUGUUGAAAGAUUGAAACAAGAAGAGAAGUAUUUACAAUCAAUGCAACAGGAGGAAUCGGCCGAGAAGGCUAUAGAAAAUAAUGAAAGUAAAAUUGAUGAAAGCUCGGCCAGAGUUAUCUCAAAACGUCUGGAGAAGUUACAUGAUCUUGUAUUGGAAUACAGAGACGAUAGCGUUAAUCAGCCAAGCGAUGGAAAAGAAAAAACCAUUAGCUUCCAUCGACGUACCAAUGUGGCAACACUGCUUACAAUUUUGGCCUUCAUGCAUAAAGAUUUGGGCAAUUUUAAAGAAGCACUUCGGCUAUUAAAUGAGGCUCUAAUCAUAAGGCUAAACAAUUAUGGCGAACAACAUCCUGCAAUAGUGGUCACGUUAAAAAGUUUGGCAAAGCUAUACAAUAUCUGCAAAAUGACUAAAGAAGCAAAUGCUGCCGCUGAACGCGCGUCGCGUAUAAAACGAGAAAUGCAACCCAAGAAAGAUGACUCGCCAGCAGUACCCAAACUAUAA